AGAUAUUUUACCUCAGGUGAUCAAGAUGGAGGUCAUGUCCACUGUUGUCCAGUUGGCUGGAGGAGCUGUACUGACCACUCUGACCCUGGCUAUCUACGUCAUAUACAUCCAACCUAUCUACAUCAUUUCUUUCUUCCAGAGUUUGAACAGAUGGAGAUCAGGCUGUACCAUCAAGUACGUGAAAGUGGGGGAGUGCCAGUUUGCUUACAUGGAGAGAGGCCAGCCCAGCGAGAACCAACCAUCGCUUCUCUUCCUGCACGGCUUUUCAGACAGGAAGGAGAGUUACUGUGGAAUAAUUAUGCACCUGCCCAAACACCUGCACCUGAUAGCUGUAGACUUACCUGGACAUGGAGACACUGGCAUCAAGGCCAAGGCUGACCUGAACGUAGAGGCCUACGCUGCCAAACUACACCAGUUCGUCGGCGAGGUUGGUCUUGACCGUGGCAGACUCCAUGUGAUAGGACACUCCAUGGGAGGCGGCCUGGCUGGGUGCUACACAGCGACAUAUCCUGAGACGAUAUGGGCCCUGACAAUGAUAUGUCCUGGUGGUAUACUACUGCCAGAUAAAAGUGUGAUGUUUGAGAAGAUUGCCCAGGGAAACAAACAUGUGAUGAUCCCUGAAACUGUGGAGCAGGCAGAGGAAAUGUUUAACAUCGUUCUGCAUAACAAGUCACUCAUACCACCCAAACAGGUAUUGAAAGGAUAUGUGGACUACUCCAAGCCUUACAGAAACUUCAACCAACAAUUAUUUGAUGCCAUGUUGGAACAUGGACAAGAUGGACUCACCCCGUACCUGGGGAAGAUCACUGCACCAACACAGGUGAUAUGGGGAAGGCAUGACAAGGCUCUACACAUCAGCAGUUUGGAUGUGAUGAAGAAAAAGAUAACAGCUUCUCUACAGGUGGAUAUUAUAGAGGACUGUGGACACACUGUCGGGUUAGAGGCUCCCACAAAGGUUGCCGAUCUACUGCUAAACUUUAGAGAAACUGUUUACAACAAGUAAGGAUUAUAUAUCUCAGAAAUCAUAGAAAGUUUUCCAUUGGGUUGAUAGUAGAGCUUGAUACGGGUACUAUAUGUAAUAUUCAACUGUUGUCCCUGAAAUAAAUUAAGAAAAUUUGGUUGUACAGGAUUUCAGGAUGUGUAUAAUUAUGAUUUCAGAACUAUCAUGCAAAAAGUGACUCCAAAUCUGCUGCCUAACCCCAUAACCAAUACAAAUUUGUUGCUACAUGGCUAGCUUAGAAGGUUAAAUAUAUAGAUAUAGUCAUGUAGUUUGUGAA